AGCUCGUUGUUGCGCUCCGGAAUACUGGUUUGGGGGUGAGCCGCCGGAGGAGGAGGAGAAGGAUUCGAAUCGGCAAUGAUGUCUGUGGCACUACGCGAUGCUACCGGGUCAUUUGCGAUGGCUAGGAGUAGAGUAGUGUGCCGAUGGAGAGGUGAGGAUAUAUCAUGUAGGUUCUGCUCUGUUUUGCCGGGUGCUUUCCUCUGUCGAUUGUGUUUUGUGCUUCUGUAAUCGGUAGACGGAGGUUAGCCGGACGAAACUUGCUCAUAGAAUUUCUGGUCUGGAUUAAAAGGAUCUGGACUUUUCAUUUUCUGGUCACACUCUGGAUACAAUCAGGACGCGAUAUUUGAUACCUUCAUCAUGGAUCAACUCAGUGGCUUUCGUGUAGCGGACAAGCUGUACAAGAAGAGCCUGUUAAAUGCUAUUGCCUGUGCAGCUGCAUUGUCCAUUUUCUUCUUUGGUUAUGACCAAGGUAUGAUGGGAGGUGUCAACACCUCAGCCGACUAUGCCGAAUUGAUGGGAUUCGGCUACAGGGACGACACUACUGGUAGUGUCGUCGUCACAGACUCAUUAUUACAAGGAGGCAUCGUUGCAGUAUACUACCUCGGAACACUAUUUGGAGCCUUCCUGGGUGGCUGGGUUGGUGACAAGACUGGCCGUAUUCGCACAAUCGCCCUUGGAUCUAUUUGGGCAAUCUUGGGAGCAGCUCUGCAAUGUUCUGCUCAAAACCACGUCUGGAUGAUUUGCGCUCGUGCAGUCAAUGGUAUUGGUACUGGUGUCUUGAACGCAAUUGUUCCUGUCUGGGCUACGGAGACUGCUGAGCACACUUCUCGUGGUCAAUUCAUCGCCAUCGAGUUUACUCUCAACAUUUUCGGUGUUGCUGUGGCUUACUGGCUUGAGUUUGGUCUGUCAUUUAUUGAUGGAGGCCGUGGAGCUUUCCAGUGGCGUUUCCCCAUUGCUUUCCAAAUCAUUCCCCUGCUUGUUCUCUUCGGCAUCAUCUGGUUCUUCCCCGAGUCACCUCGUUGGCUAUGCAAGGUCGGCCGCGACAAGGAAGCAAGACAUAUCCUCGCCCGUCUCCGCGGUGAUGAAGGAGAAGACAGAAUCAGAGCCGAAGCCGAGUUCCAAGACAUCAUCAACAUCGUGCAGUUGGAGAGAAGCACUUCGAAACAGAACACAUACUGGAACAUGCUACUCGACUUCGGUGGUGCAACCUCUGGAAGUCUUCACACCGGUCGCAGAGUCCAACUGGUUAUUUGGCUGCAGAUCAUCCAGGAGUGGUGUGGUAUUGCUGGUAUCACGGUUUACGCUCCCACAAUUUUUGGUAUCGCCGGAUAUGACGCUCAGAAGAGUGGAUGGCUGUCUGGUUUGAACGAUACGACUUACAUGUUCGCGACUCUGGUCUGUGUUUUCACUCUGGACAGGAUCGGUCGCAGAUGGACACUUUACUGGGGUGCUGCAGCACAAGCAGUAUCCAUGUUCCUCAUCGGUGGCAUGUCUCGUGGUGGUAUCAACGCCACCAACAGCGGAAACACCGAAUUGGCUGCACGCUAUGGAGCGGCGGCUGCCAGUUUCACCUUUAUCUACACUGCAAUCUUCGGUGCCACCUGGUUGACAGUGCCAUGGCUCUACCCUGCUGAGAUAUUCCCUCUUGAGGUCCGCGCCAAAGGAAACGCCUGGGGUGUGGUGGGCUGGUCCAUCGGAAAUGGCUGGCUAACCCUCCUCUGCCCUGUCAUGUUUGACUCGAUAGGAGAGGUAACAUUUUACAUCUUUGGUGCGGUCAACAUAUUGUCGAUACCUAUGGUAUGGGCCGUUUAUCCGGAGACCAACCAACGCACAUUAGAAGAGGUAAACAUACUUUUCUCAUCACCGUCUCCCUGGGUUUGGGACGCAGAGAAGCACUUCGCGGACUUCCAAGCUGGAAACCCUACGUAUGUCUCUGGCAGCCGUGGCAACUCCAUCACGGACCCAGAGACUGGCUUGCGUGGUGGCAAGAACAGGGAGUCUGCCGAUAUGGUGGAGAAGAUGCAAGAAAAGGACGCCAUCUGAUCGGACUGAAGGCAGUUACUACCUCAACUCAGCUCCUCGCUCUUUCCCUUAAAUGCUUUCCAUGAACGAUCGCGACAAACCUAGAAUAGAACAGAGAAGCCGCUUAAUACACAUAGAAUAUAAUUGCUUAAA